AUGUGGAGUCAUCUCAUGUUUGGUAAUUUUGCAAGGCCGCGUGCUGUUUUCAUUCUUUGGCUUGCUUGUAAUGGGAGAUUGGCCACCAAAGUGAGAUUGAAGAAUUUUGGGAUGACUCAGGAUGACAGGUGUGUUUUCUGUGAGGAAAAGGAAACUUUGAACCACCUCUUUUUCAGCUGCCCUCUUUUGAAAGAUGUUUGGGUGAAGAUCUUAAGAUGGAUCCAAGUUGUUCAUAAUCCAUUGCCUUGGGAUGGAGAAGUAGAUUGGAUAUCUCGUAAUUGUAAGGGAAGGAGAUGGAGAGCUAGUAUUCUAAAUUGUGCUGUAACGGAAGUUAGAUAUGCUGCUUGGAAAUUGAGGAACGACAGGGUUUUUGGUAACUCUACCAGUAAUGAUAUUGAGAAAGAUAUUAUAGAUAGAAUUGUCUAUAGAAUUUGGAACAUUAAGAAGUAUAGGAGUCAUAUUGCAAGUCUUAUGAGUUAG